AAAGCUGAGAAGUUCGAUAUGUUAAUCAUAGUAGUUUCAGUCGUUGGUCGUUCGAAAAAGUCUCGAAAUCAAAUAUGUCUCGAAUCAUCUUCAUUUUGCUCGUCUCUAUGGCGAUUUUCUCCAGUUCAUUUGGCGAGGAGUGUGGACCAAACGAGGUGUUCAAUACGUGUGGAUCGGCGUGCGCACCCACAUGUGCCGAACCAAAAACGCGUAUUUGUACCAUGCAAUGUCGUAUCGGUUGUCAAUGUCAGGAAGGAUUCUUGAGAAAUGGCGAAGGAGCAUGCGUCCUUCCACAAAAUUGUUAAAAUUUCCUUCGCUUGAUUGGAAUUCACUGUUCGCUUUCUUCUCCUUUUCUUUCGCUUUCUUUGUCUUUUUGUUUUCGUUUGCUUUUCUAUGUUAUCUUUUCUAAUUCAAAACAGUAUAUAUACAUGUAUAUAUAAAUAAAUAAUAAACUGUCGUUUCAAAAGCUUUA